GAGACUCGCGCUGCUCGGGUGGCGGCGGCGGCAGCAACAGCAGCAGUGGCAGUGGCAGUGGCAGUGUCGGCUGCAUCCUUGGGGGCUCUGUCCGGGGCCAGCAAGACUGACUGACUGACGUACGAAGAUGGAGGGGGCGUCUUUCGGAGCCGGCCGGGCUGGAGCCGCCCUGGACCCCAUAAGCUUCAUCAAACGCCCCCAGACCAUCUUGCGGAUCACGGCCUGGGUGUUCUCCAUCGUGGUGUUUGGCUCUAUCGUGAACGAGGGCUACGUGAACAGUGAGAGCAGCCCGGAGCUGCACUGCAUCUACAACAAGAACGAGGGUGCCUGUAACUACGGCAUCGCCAUCGGCAUCAUCGCCUUCUUUGCCUGCAUCUUCUUCCUGGUCCUUGACCUCAACUUCCAGGAGAUCAGCAGUGUCAAGGACCGGCGGCGGGCCGUGCUCCUGGAUCUGGCCUUCUCAGGGCUCUGGUCCUUCCUGUGGUUUGUGUGUUUCUGUUUCCUGGCAAACCAGUGGCAGCAGACCAAGAAGAGUGAAGAAGUGAACCAGGGGGCAGAUGCAGCCCGGGCCGGCAUUGCCUUCUCUUUUUUCUCCAUCAUCACCUGGGUGGCCCUCGUGGUGAAGGCACUGCAGAGAUACCGGAUGGGCACCGAUAUGUCACUCUUUGCCACAGACCAGCUUAGUGCAGCCCCUGGCACCAGCUACCCUGGAUACCCGACAGGCAGUGGCGUCGAAGGCACCGAGACCUACCAGAGCCCCCCAUUCACCGAAACGCUAGACACCAGCCCCAAGGGCUACCAGGUGCCAGCCUAUUAGUAGAGCUGCCCACCUCGUGCCAGGGCCUCGGGGUACUGCGAGCAUGUUUGGGCUACAGCUAUGGCCUGUCCCUGUGGGCCAGUCUUGUGGACUCUGUACAGUGGUCUCGGUUCUUGUCUCACCUCUUAAGGGUUAAGCAAACAAAAAUAAUUACACAGUGUUCCCUCUAAGUCUGAAAAGGAAGGAAAGAAGGGAGUUGGGGAAGAAAGGAGGCCAGUGGGUGGGAGGGAGGGAAAGGAGAAAAGAAUAAAAAUGCAUUUGGGAAGGAACGAGGCAGGGAAAAGAAGGCUGAGAAAGGAGCAGAAAGGUAGAAAAUCAAGUGGGGAAAGGAGAGUUAGGUGCAUGCUGGAAGGGAAGUAGGCAAUCAAGUAUAUUCCAAGAGGUAAGAGAAGGUGAUAAAGAGGGAGAAAUGAAGAACCAUAUCUGAACACAGAUUGGCCUUAAAAAGUUAGAAAAUAAGGGAGAUUUUGUGAUUGUGUUGAAGGAAACAAGGAGUGGAAUUAAGUAAGCAUGAAAUCACGAACUCUGAUUAGGACUUGCUGAGCCCAAAGCUUCUGAUCUUUGUAGGAUGGGUGCUACUAGCCUCCUAACCCCACCCACAGCUGUGCCCCUCUUGAGGGGCAGGCCUCUGAGUCUUCAGUACCUUCUGCUCAGUCAGGGCCAGCUCCCACCCACAGGCUCUGAAUCAGGACCACCUAAGUUGGACAUUCUGAAUUUCCCCAGCUUCAGUCCCUGGCUAGAAGAGGCCGAUCCCUCUUCCUCCCACCUCAAUCCUAUCUCUUUUGGCCUUCUCUAGUAAAAUUCCAGAAUGAGCCAAACCCACCUGGGUGCCCAAACCCUGCUCUGCUGGAGAGAAGACCCAGGGUUUGCAGGGUGCUCUGUCCCACCCCUCCCUCACAGGCUGAGGUGCCUGUUCCCCCAUCCUGUGCCAGGCCCCACGGAUUCUCAUUCCCAAGUCUGAAAGAAAAGGACCAGCUGAGGAAGGGGAGCCCCAUGACCCCUAACCAGGGAAAACCAAAUGCAGCAAUAUUUUCCUUAGAGGGAACACUGACCCAUUUUAGCAGCACAAAAGGUACGUGUGUCAAUAUUUUAGCUAAUAAUUUAAACGGUUCCUUAAAUUGAUUGUGUGUGUAUGAGAGAUACUGUCCAUUGGGUAUACUGUAUUUUUCUAUCUUCCUCUGUGUAUUACCGUGAUCGCAAUGGGCUUUCCAUGGAUGGCAGGGCUAUUCUCAGUGCCCCCAAACCCUUGGUGGCUCAUUCCCCCAGGUCACUUGGUAGUGACAUAGAAGUUGGGGCUGCUGCAGAAGUCUGGGCGUGCCCCUAGAAAAGGCAGGAGUCCAGGUUCCUGGGAGAAUAUCCCUGUUAGUGCCUCAGGGAUACUUUUCCCAUAUCCUUUUUUGCUGGGCCAGAGGUUCUGCCCCUCCCCCCAAACUAGCUGCCACAGACAGAACUGGGGAACGGGAGGUGGGAGGAGACCACGAGACAACACUGAACGUGUGGUUGAGCACUCUGCCUUCUAUCAAGGCCAGCUUGGCUGGGGUGGCACUGCCCUGCCACCCGCCUCCUUUGGCCUGCCUCCGGCUUUCCAGAAGGGGGAACUCCUUGAGGGCUGUCGUCCUGCCUGAAGGUAACACUCUGGACCUGUGCAGAUUGAGGGGGGCUGAGCCAAGAACUCAGCAAGAUGUACCAAAGGUGGUAGCGUGCCCCGAGGCCUGGCCCAAUCCCUACUGCAUGACCUGGACAACUCCCAGCCCUGGAGUGCCCAAAUUUCCACCCAGGGGAUCCUUAUAGCAAUUUUGGGUGUGGGUAGUACUGUUAAAAUAGUGUCUGUUAUAGUCUGUCUUAUGUGCCAGUGGUGUGUCAGGUAGGGUUGUACGCCCGGCGAUGCGGAAUGUAACUUAUUAUAUUCUUAUGGACUCGUAGAAAUCCUAGAGUUGUUGGUGUUAUAGCUAUAGAACAUGCUAAGCCUUCCUGUAUUAGCUCCCCAGAUCUUACCCUCCUUCCCCUCCUCCCCACCUCAACCAUUGUCCCAUUUUCCCUUGGUCAGUAGGGGCCAGUGUUCGCCUUUGGUUGGGGCCCUGCUCUACCAACUGAAGCAAAACAUGUCCCGUACUGCUGCAACUCUGAGCAUCCCACCGACAUCCCCAUCACUGGCUUCUGCUCUCACAGGCUGGCCUAGAGCCUUUAGGGGAGCCUUCUCUCAAAGGAUCAAGGAGUCAAACAUGGAUACCAACACUCCUCUUGCCUCCCUUGACAGCUAAAAAUAUGUCCAGGCUCUGUGGGAGUUCUCUAUCACUUUACAGAGAGGACACAAAAGGGACCAGAGACCCCUUGGGCAACAACACGUGCCCCCUGCCUGACCUGGGUAGGGAAAAGUGUUGAGUGUUUGUUGAGGGUGGGAGAAAAUGAAAGGGAGACAAGAAGUCUAGAACUCUGCCUCUUUUCCAGAUUUAAGUAAUUAAUGUGAAUGCAUUUGAUACAUCAUCGAUAGUAUAGAAGCUACAGGAUGUCCAAGGCAGGCCCCUGUCCUUUUCUGAUUUCCAGUUCUGAAAACAAUGCAUGCACAUGGUAACCGUGCCCACCCUCCUCUCAGGUUGAUAACUGUCCCUGGCUCAGCAAUGUCUCUUCCCCAGAGAGAAGCAAGCACUCAGACAUUUUCUCAACAGCAGGUGCACAACAGGUUCAGGUGAUGAACUUUGUUUACAGGAGAAUGAUUUUCAGGCUGUCAUGUCAUCAUCAUCUCGAAGAACCCAUCUCUCCCUAUAACUUCUGCCAACUCCUCCCCACAUCAGGUGGGCUGGUUGGUCACUGGCAAGCAACCAGGGGGUGCUCCCUCCCAGCCCACCCUCCUGGCCUCUUCCCUCCCUAUUACACAGAGUUCAUUAGAGGGACCACUCACUCCUUGCUGGAGCUCAGCAGCCUGGACUCUGUUGCAUUUAACCCUUCAAUUCUGUACUAGUUUUUAAUAUCAAAUGGAUACCAAAUGUGGUUUGCCCAUUUUAAGUUUUGCAGAUACCUCUCUUUAAAGGCAGGCCGCUUCCCAAAGCUGCUGUUCUAAGUAAAACUAUGUACAUUGUAGUCUAGGGUGGUCUGUGUAUGGAACCGUCAGUUAAAAAAAAAAAAAAAAAAAAGUUUACAUUUUUUGGUAUAUCUCUUCUGAAAGAACAAUCUGUGAUUGAUUGUGUAUUUUCAGUGUCUGUGUCCCAACUGCAACUUAUUUUCAAUAAAGAGAGUGCAAAUGAA